UUCUAAUUCAGAUCGACUCCGUUUCAUGAGAUAUUGUUAUGAAUAGCCUGCAUUUCGACAAAAGUAAACUGCGAGAGACAACUAUGUGUGCGCCUGUGUCUUGCCUGUGUGUAUUAAUUGCUUAAAGCUAAUGGCGCUGAAUAGAAAAGUGAAGUGAAGGGGCCAUUAAACGAACAGUUGCAUAAUAUGAAAUCAUCAAUAAGUUGUAUUCCUCAUCAAACAUUUGUUAAAAAGGCGAUCACUUCGAUUGUGCUAAAUGUUGUGUAUUCGAUAUUGCUGGGGGAGGGGGGCAUCUGCAGGCUUUAUGAGGUGUGUGCCGCUAACCUGGCUGUGAUUUUUCGCACAUGCCCUACCUAGCGUCACAAAGUAAGCAUCCAUCUGCGACACAUGCUAGAGGGACGGUCUAGUCGUGUGUACCCUGCAGAUCGCAGGCCUCCUUUUUCCUCACCGCAUUGAGCCAAUCGCUGCGCAGAAGUCUAUUUUAAGCCGCAUCAAUGUGCCUGGUGGGUCUGAAAACGAAAUAGCAUUGAACUCUCACAAUGCUUCUUUAUUAAUGUUGAUUCAAUAAGCUGGCGGCUGUAAUUGGGUGCUGCUCUUCUCUCUUGGUGUUUCAUUGAUUGCUGGGAGUGCAAGGUGCCAAAGACUCACACACGUCUUGUUCUGGAUUGCUUCCCUUUUCAGCUUGCAGAUUGCUGUUGCCUGUUUUCGCUGUAGCGCCUUGCAGAGCAAAUCGUCUGCUGGAUUAACGCCCGAGUGCCGAGAAUAUAGAUCAGCUAAAGCGGCCGAGAAGAGAGAGGGCUGUUUGUGGCCUGCGACAAGGCAUCUGGUUCAUGUUUCUGGAUAUUAAUCGGAAUCAAAGUGGAUUACAAGGAUGGGAUGUGGUAACAGAGCGUUCAGAAAAUACACUCUGCUCCUUUGGCUCACAUCGCUACUGCUGCUGGUGACAGAAGGCAGGAGACCCAACAGGCAGCCCAAGUGCCCGCCAUCGUGCACAUGCACCAAAGAUAAUGCCCUCUGUGAAAACCUCAGAUCGGUGCCUCGCAGCUUCCCCCCUGAUGUGGUUUCCUUAUCGUUUGUCAAAUCUGGAUUCGCCGAACUCCCAGAAGGAAGCUUCUUGCACAACCCAUCACUGCAGCUCCUCUUGUUCACGGCAAAUUCCUUUGAAACAAUUGCUGAUGAUGCAUUCCAGGGGCUUCCUCACAUUGAAUACCUGUUUAUUGAAAACAAUAAAAUCCAGUCAAUUUCUUCAAAUGCUUUUCGAGGACUGAAAUCCUUAAUCCACCUGAGUCUGGCAAAUAACAACCUGCAGACACUUCCCAAAGAUGUUUUCAAAGGACUUGAAGCACUGACAAAGGUUGACCUAAGAGGCAAUGCCUUCAACUGUGACUGUAAAAUGAAGUGGUUGGUGGAAUGGAUGUACAACACCAAUGCUACUGUGGAUCAGAUCAGUUGUGCCGGACCACCAGCUUAUCAGGGAAAAAAAAUCAAUGACCUGCUGCCACAGUCAUUCGACUGCAUAACAACAGAGUUUGCCUCCUACCAAUCUUUUAAAUUUGAGUCUAUCUCCGUUGAUUCUUUCUCCUACAUGAACGACGAGUAUGUUGUGAUUGCUCAGCCUUUCAUUGGGAAAUGCAGCUUUCUGGAAUGGGACCACGUUGAGACAGUAUUUAGGAAUUAUGACAACAUUACAAGCACUUCAACAGUUGUCUGCAAGCCACUGGUCAUAGACAACCAGCUCUUUGUCAUCGUGGCUCAACUAUUUGGAGGUUCUCACAUAUAUAAGAGAGACAACUCAGCAAACAAAUUCAUUAAAAUUCAGGAUAUCGACAUCCUUAAAAUUAGAAAGCCAAAUGAUGUGGAAACCUUUAAAAUAGAGGGCGACUCAUACUUUGUGAUUGCAGACAGCUCAAAGGCCGGCUCAACCACUGUCUACCAGUGGUACGGAAAUGGCUUUUAUUCUCAUCAGUCGCUCCACCCUUGGUACAGGGAUACAGAUGUGGAGUACUUGGAGAUCUCCAACAAGCCCCACUUGAUUCUGUCAAGCAGCUCACAGAGACCUGUUAUCUACCAGUGGAACAAAGCACAGAAGUUAUUUGAUCGGCGAACAGAUAUUCCAGAAAUGGAAGACGUCUACGCCGUCAAGCAUUUCAAAGUCAAAAACGAGUUGUAUAUCUGCUUGACCCGCUUUAUCGGUGACUCCAAAGUAAUGAGGUGGGAUGGUUCGAUGUUUUUGGAAAUACAAACAAUGCCGUCCCGAGGGUCCAUGGUUUUCCAGCCUUUCGCAGUAAACAACUGGCAGUAUGCAAUUCUUGGAAGUGACUAUUCUUUUACCCAGGUGUAUCGCUGGGACACAAAGAAAGGACAGUUUGUUAAUUUCCAGGAGCUAAACAUUCAGGCACCCCGUGCAUUCUCUCUUGUUUCUAUUGACAACCGAGAGUUUUUGAUUGCAUCAAGUUUUAAAGGAAAGACGCAGAUUUAUGAACAUCUUAUAAUUGACCUUAGCAAUUAACAUGCAUCGAUUGGACUUGUAUUUACACAGCGGUUCACUGCACUGAAUGGGAACGGACAUGUUGAUGGACUUUAUGCAUGAAAACCCCCCAAUAAUCCUAUCAGGUGAAUGCCUUGCUAGACGUCUCCAGUUUUCUUUUGUCUGUCAUUAUCUACAGUAGUGCUUUUACAUACUCCUUCGUUUAAACAAAGGUCAGUGCUAACUCAGCCUUGCAAAGGAAAGCUGUAAAUACCUGCUUAAUCAUACCACUUGCUAAAGCAAAAAGAAAUAAAUUUAGAAAUGUACUUUUUCAACUAUUUAUUAACCUAUUUGGAAGAAGAAGAAAAAAACCUGCCAAAUAAAAUGUUUACAUUUUUCUGUCUUUCCAGUUGUAAGCAAAUUAUUUCUAAAAAACAAAAAGCUUUUGUAAAUAUGAGGGACCAUGCCAGCCAGAUAUUUCAUACUAAAGUUACUGUUGCAAUUUUAAACUCCAUAUAUUUGUAAAAAAAUAGCAUAUGUUGCAAUGCAAACUUAGUUGUGCUUGGGGAAAAAUGACAAAUCUUGGCAACUUAAAUUUGUAUUGUUGCUUGUUUGUAUGAACUGUAUAGUAAUUUACUCCAAAUAAAAAAAAAAAUAA